GAUGUUAGUGUCGAACAACAGGAACGCGCAUUAUUCUCUCCAUAACGAUACUCGUAUCCUUCAUAUUCAUUCUGAGCAAAAGUCUUCACCACCAUGCGCCUCUGCCAGAGCUGUUCCCAAGAGAUCGCCCUGGGGCAAAGUUGAAGAUUGGCAAGGCCUCGAUGCUUUAUGGGCCAUACAACGAGAUGUACGAACGCGCUAUCGAGAGCCAUACGCCCCAUAAUGAGUUACACGGCUACGACAUGUUCGUUUUGCGCCAUCAGAUCACCGAAGGGUAUUGGAAUAAGCUCUUGCAUCUGCAAACAAUUAUAGCAAAUGAGCUCCAAAAAGACCUUGAGGGACGACUUGACUGGAUCUGGUGGGUCGACCCAGCCAUAAUUAUAAUUAAUCCUGCAAUUCCUUUGGAUAUAUUUCUUCCUCCUCCCCACGAGCAAUUUGCGCAAACAUCUUUCCUCGCGACACAUACACAAGGCGCCCUGAACACCACUUCAUUCUUCAUAAAGGUCUCUCCUUGGUCAAUCAGAUUCCUGGUCAAGGCUAUGGCAACUCCAUUCACAGAUACGAACAUGGAUCUACUAGCGAACAUUGACGCCCAAGCCAUGGCAACAGCGCUCAAUGAUACUGGCUUUCGAGACUCGGUUUUUUACCAGAAUAUCGAGUGGUACAACAACAAGAUUGGCGACGAUCUUGUCUUUCACGGCGAUCUCGGGUCGCUGUGUAUAGUAUUCCCGCCAGAGCUUGAGGGUGCUCGAUGGAAGGCUAUGUCAGAUUCUUUCGGUAUCAUUGAGUGGAACAAAGACAAGCUACCGGUGCCGUUAUCGCACACAGGAUAUAUGGGUGCGAUGGAUCACUAUUGGGGCCAGAUUAUGGAUGCUAGAAUCAGAUUGCAUGAGGCAGAGACGAUGAUAGCAAGGCUGGGUGUGGAUAACGCUCCUGAAGAGCUCAAGAAGGCUGUUGGUGGAAUGAAGGAUGCCAUAUCUUUUCAGCCUGAUCGUGACGAGGCCAUGCGCGAAGCUAUCGAGAGGAUGAAGUGGCAUAUGAAUCUGGUAAAGCCUCCCAAAGGCCAAUGACACUUCCAGUGUAACAGUACGAAGUGUUCCGAGUUCUCUGG